AUGUCAAAGACUCUCGCCAUCAUUGGUGCCACAGGCCAGCAGGGCAGCUCAGUCGUCAACUUCGUCCUCAACGACCCCGAACUUUCCAAGAAGUACAACAUCCGAGCUAUUACCCGUGACGUCAGCUCUGAAAAGGCGAGCACGCUCAAGGAGAGAGGCGUCGAGGUCGUACAGGGCGACUUGGAGGAUUUCGCCUCCGUCAAGAAAGCUCUGACUGGCGCGCAUAGUCUCUUUUUGGUGACUACUCCGGCUUGGACUGCCAGUGAUUUGAAGCCUGAGUUAGAUGUAAUCAAGAAGACUGUCGAUACAGCUGUCGAGGCUGGCAUUGAGUACAUCAUCUUCAGCAGUCUUCCUAGCAUCACGGAUAUCUCCAGUGGGAAAUACGCCCGGGUUCACCCCUUCGAUGCAAAGGCCGAGGGUGAGAAGUACAUCCGCACACUCCCCGUCAAGAGCGCCUUUGUCCGUCUGGGCUUCUUCCUCGAGAACAUCCUCCAAGUGCCCUUCUGGGCCCCCCAAAAGGACGCCGAGGGCAACUGGGUCAUGAGCAAUAUGAUCUCCUCCCAGACCCGUCUUCCGUGGAUCGACAACGGGAGCAACUGCGGAAGCUACGUAGGCGCCAUCCUCGCGGAGCCGGACAAGUACGAGGGCGUUGGCUUCGACGCGGCCCAGGGCUACUACAGCAUGGAUGAGCUAGUUGCCAUCGAGAGCAAGGCCACUGGCAAGGAUAUCUCGUACAAGCAGGUUACAGCUGAGAAGUUCCUAGAGAGCGUACCGUUUUUGAAGGACGUUUUUCUUGAUGCACUCAAGGCUGGAGAGGAAUUUGGAUAUUUUGGACCCGAGGGGGAGAAGUCUGUUGCGUGGGCUGCUGAGAAGGUUAAGGGGAAGCUUGUUACUCCUGAGGAGUUCUUUCAGGCGCAUCCACUUAAGCUGGAGUAA